AUGGCCGCCAGUGCUAGUAAAGCCAUUGUGAUGAUUGAUGAGAUAGGCAGUUUAAAAAACUGCAUUGCCGCCAUCGAUGAAGAAUCGAUGGAUGAACAAUCGAAUCCAGAAUGGGCCAUGAAUUUCUCGCUAUUCAUAGAAAAGUUUAGAGUGGUUUACAUGAAUCUACCGGCUUUAUAUCACAAAUCUCAUGCAGCUCCUAAAAGGGAUGUGGGGCAGCUUAUACAGGAGUACUCAAGCAAAUGGAAGUGGCGUUUAGAUGGAGCAGACUCGCUUAUCGAUGUGGGUAGUGGUCCUGGCGAUGUUCUCAUUGAUUACAUCUAUCCUUUAAUGCCGCCGAAUUUUACAAAAAUCAUUGGCAGUGACAUCUCAGCAGAUAUGGUAGACUAUGCCCAAAGAUUUUAUCAUUUUGUGGAAAAAUGUGAAUUUCUAACUCUGGAUAUAGGCUCGCCAAAGCCCUUGCCUCAAGGUUUGCAAGGUCAAUUUGAUCAUGUGACUUCUAUGUUAUGUCUACAUUGGGUUCAAAAUCAUAGAUUGGCCUUGAAUAAUAUGUUCAAACUCCUAAGACCCUCAGGUGGUGAUUGUUUUCUUAUAUUCAUGUCCAGCCAUACAAUUUUUGAUGCUUACCUGCAUAUUAACAAAGAUCCCAAAUGGUCACCUUAUAUAACAACGGAUGUUCAACGAUUCGUCUCACCUUUGCAUGGCUGUGAUCAAACGAGAGAUGUGUUCACUCAAAUGAUGGAGGACGAGGGAUUUUGUGAAAUUGAAGCAGAUCUAAGACCGCGGUCGAUUAAUUAUGGUACUGUGGAGAAUUUUAAAGAAAAUAUCAAGUCCGUCUGUGGCCUAAUAGAUUUUAUACCAAAAUCCAAGCAAGAUGAAUUUAUGGAUGAUUUUGUAGCCGCCAAAACGGGAGAUCUUAGCGAUUCGCAAUCGAAAUGUAGCAUGAAAUAUGACCUACUGAUUGCCUACGGAAGAAAGACGGUCACAAUAUGA